AUGGGCAGGCCCGUCCGGCCACGUGCGCGCGGUUUCGACUCUGGCGUGGGCGGUUGCACAACUCGCGAGUCGUCUCCGAAUACCGCCUUUCGACCGCCCCGUGCGCGCGUUUUCGACUCUGGCGCGCGGGCGGUUGCACAACGCGGCAGCGGCCGCGGCAAUCAGAGCGCCUCGGCCGGCGGCACGAUGCCGUUGGAGCGCGCCGAUCGCCCGAUAAGAACGAUACGGGCGCGCUGUGCGGCGAAUCGCACCGCUUUCAAGUUCGAGCGCCGCGUACACGGCAGGUACGUGGACGCGUCGGGUGGUUACGAUAGCACACGACGCGCCACGCCGCGUAACGCAGAUAUGUCGCCA